AUAAACAGAACUAGUCUCCUUCUACAAUGGGACAAUAUUGUUAUUAAUUUUUUCAUCCAUUGUUUGCUAUCUAUACAUUCUUAAUCAACUGGUCCCAAUUUUUGAAUGUUACAUCAGCCAUGACUGCAACUUCACAGUGUUCACUAGGCGUACUCACCGAUUCACCUCAUCAUUCACCAGGUAAACUGAGUUCUCAAAUUAUGAUCAAUCAAUGGUCAUCAUAUUCAGAUCAUUUAACUGAAGCUGUAAAUAUUACUGAUUUCGAUAAAAAACCAGUUACUACAAGAUUAUCAGACUCAACAAAUACAUGUUCCUUAGAAGCCCAAUUGUUCAAUGAAGAGGAGAAAUUUUUAGCCGAAUGUCUAACAACUGAGAAUAAUAAUAAUAAUAAUAAUAAUAACAAAUUAAUAGAUGAUGAUGUUCUAUUGACUGAUUUACAUUAUGAUAGAGAGCUAUUACAAAAUCCAUAUUUUUAUAAUUCAGGUAACGAUUAUGAUUGUGAGUUAACCGGUGGAUCUGCCUUCAAUCAUUCACCAAUAAUGAGUAGAGGUUUUUCAAGACAUACAAGAAAAAUUGAUAAUGAUCCAACUAUUUUAUUAACAUUAGCAAAAUGGGCACGUAUUGGAUCUAGUCAAUUGCAUGGAGAUGAUGAUCAGAUAGACAGAAUAAAUUAUCAAUUUACUAGUGUACUUUUACUCAUAUUAUUAACACUUACAGGAUUUAGACAAUAUUUAUCUCAUCUACCAUUACAAUGUUGGAUACCACAAGAAUUUUCACGUAGCUGGGAAGAGUAUGCUGAACACUAUUGUUGGGUAACAAAUACUUACUUCACAAAUAUUCAAUCAAACAUUCCACCUGUUAAUGAACGAACAACUGUUGUACGUUAUUAUCAAUGGGCUACAUUUGUAUUUAUAUUACAAGCUGCGGGAUUUUUUCUACCUUGUCUUAUUUGGAGGCUCCUUCAGAAUCAUUCAGGAUUUCAUGUUCAACGAAUUAUACGUAGUGCAGUACGCAUCAACUGUACACCAACUGAUUCAAGUCAGACUAUAACAGAUGGUCUUGCUCGAUACAUUGACAGUGUUAUAUACCAUAGAUCAUAUAAAACCUGGCGUAUUCAAUCAUCUAAAGAAAAGUCAUAUGUGAAACACAAGAUGCCAUCAAAUGACACUGUAAUCAAAUCAGCUCAGAAGUCUAGUACAUAUGCUGCUUCAACAUCUACACAGUCACAUGAAGUUGGCACAGAAACAAAAUUGGUCAAAUUUGAAAAAAGACCAACAUCAACACAUCAAUCAUCAUAUCAAUAUAGAACACUUUCUAGUGAAUCUACAGUACCAAGAAGUCAUAAAAAAUCACCUGCACCUCAACCUCCAGUAACUUCAUCUAUCAUAUUCAAAUUAAAUUCUGACAGAACAAUGUAUACAUCAAAUCCUACAAUGAAACACAUUUCAAAUAUUUCACCAACAAAACAUAAAUCUUCAUCUAGACAGAAUAUUCGUAGAGGGAAAUCAUCAACAUCAUCUCCACCAUUAUGUUGUAAUCAAUGCAGUUUAUGCUUUACAAAUUUGUCUACUUUUAAUAAAAAUAAAAAUUCAAAGUCAGAACAACCACUUGUUCCUACAUCAACAAUCAUAUCGAAAACAAUAUCAACAACUGAAACUUCAAUUAAUCCAACUCAUAGUACAAAGUUGAAAACUACUCAAGCUCCCGCCAGCAUCUCACCAUCUGUACAACAACAAGAACAACAAGAAACUUCUGGCUGGACUUGUCAUUGUGUACAGAAUGUUUUCAAAACUUCAUUAUCAUUUACAACAAAAAAAUCAAGGCCAUAUUAUCAAAAAUUUAGCAUUAAAUAUAUAUGUUAUCAUUUAGGUUAUACAUUAUGCUUAGGCUUAAAGUUUAUCUUCACUUUAAUAUGUCUUAUCCCAGCGUGUUCAUGUCAUUGGUUAUGCGGAAAUCAUAAAAUUAAAGGUGUUCAAAGAAGUAGAAGUUUUUGUUUUAUUUAUAUGUUACAGUUAAAUUAUUAUAUCUUGCAAAUAUAUUUGGACAAAUAUACUUGAUGAAGGUAUUUUUAGGUGUGAAAUCUUAUUUUUCGGUAUAUAUGUUCUAUAUGAUUUAAUUCAAGGAAAUGUAUGGAGUGAAACAGGACAUUUUCCACGUGUAACUUAUUGUGAUUUUGAAACGAAAAAAUUGGGUAAAAAUUAUAAGUACACUCUGCAAUGUGUUCUACCAUUAAAUCUAUUCCUAGAGAAAGUUUAUAUAUUCCUUUGGUUUUGGAUUGUGUUUGUCGGUGUUCUCACGCUAUAUAGUCUCUUGAAAUGGUUGUUUCGUUUAACAAUACCAGAAAGUCGUAUUACGUUUAUCAGUAGAUUUUUGCAUUCUUCAUAUGAAACACAAAAUAUAGACGAAUUAGAUCCAAUUAAUGUUAGAUUAUUUGUAAAUAAUUACCUUAAUCUAGAUGGUGUAUUUCUUCUAUGGUUGAUAUCUAUUAAUGCUGGAGACUUGAUCAUCAAUGAUCUUAUCAUAGCGUUAUGGAAUCUAUUUACAGCAAGACUGUUAGCUAUGCAAUCAUCUUCAUUGAAAACAACAUCAUCUACUGGUCAAAAUAUCAAUAAAUGUGAUCAGAAUAUAAAUUCACUUCAAGGUAAUGAUGAUUUUCACUUCAAUGGUUCUAAUCUACCGCUAAAAUCAUCCCUCUUAGAAUUAAAACAAACUUGUCAAUAUGAUCAACAAAAUUUAUUCAAAUUAUCUCAUCCUUGUAUUCAAGUUUAUUCAAAUUGUCAACACUCAAAACAGUUUACUUUUGGAGAUCGUUGUGAUUCUUCAACAACACACUUCAACACUGGUUCUUUGCCAAACUCAAAAAGGCUACAUUCUUAUUGUCCUAUAUCAUAUCAUAAUGAAUUAAGAAAUAUUAACAAUCAUAACAGUGGUUGUAGCACCUUUCAUCCAACAGAUAUAUGUGAAAGCUCGGAUAGUAUUGUAUAAAUAACAUACUUCAUUGAUAAUGAUGUUUUAUAUAUUUCUGUGAAUAUAACUCAUUAGAUAUUGAAAGAUGCAUUAUUUUAGUUAAUUCCUACUUACUACUUAUAAUGUACUACCAUAUCUAUGCAGUGCAAAUCUGAGAUACUUCAGAUAAGCGGAUUGUAUAAAGAGGUAAGGGGU